AUGAAUUAUCGCGUCGUGCCGACUAGCAGCGAGUCGAUCAUCGCUCAUCUCAUGGAGCGGUCACACGAGCCACUGAUCUGCCAGGUCUGUUGUGCCUUCGCCACCGAUCGAGUCGACCUGCUGAUCGAGCAUGCCGAGGCCAGUCGGACACCGUCUGAUGUGGAUCGCGCCAACGCUCAGAUCACACUGCACACUGGCUCAUUCUGGUUCUGCCAGCUCUGCGCCUACAAGAGUCCUUUGAAGGCCAAUUUCCAAUUGCACUGCAAGACCGAGAAACAUGCACAAAGGAUGAGCCUUUUGUUGCACAUCAACGAGGGCGGAUCAGACAACCAGAAACGUCUUUUUUUCGGCUCCUCGCUCGUCACUCCGCCAAGCCCAUUCCUCGUCAAACCGGCGCCUCCAAACGAAGCGAUCCACUUACCCCAACUGGUUUAUCCUCCCGGAACCCGGAAACCGGUACCUCCAAUUCUCUCCCACGCCGCGCAUUCCAACGGCUCGGCCUACCCCAACGCCCCGGCCGGUACCGGACUCCCCGUCGGCCUGGCAACCAACAAUUGUGCCUCGUCGCCGGUAGGCAUCAGUUUGGCCUCGGCCAUCCAAUUGCGCUGUCUGCCCUGCAACUUUUUCACCACUUCAGUGCACAAAUUGCGUCUUCACUGUCAGACAAUGGAGCAUCGCAGUCUGGCCGAGCUCUUCGUGCAUGUUGUACGUCGGCGUUGCCAACUGGCUCCGAGUUCGCUGGCUCUUCUGCCUCCUGCGGUGUCUGCGUCACCAGACUGGAAACGUCCGGUUUGGCAGGCCGAAAUGGACGAAGAGACUCCGGCACAGACGGUUAAGUUGGCCGCGGCUUUCGAGGCCGGACUGCCGACUACGGCCUGGCCGGCUGUUUCGUUGGCCUACGUCUGUCGAGUGUGUUGUGGCGCUGUUGGGCAAGGCAACCGGUUGUUUAGUCGACUCGUCGAUUUGUUUGUCCAUCUGCAGUCUGACGAACACCAACAGGUGAGGUCGGUCUGA